AUGUCGAAAGCACGCGCCACAGCAGACCAGAUCGUAAAGCUGAUCGUCGGCGCCGGGCAGGCAAGUCCCAGUCCGCCGGUCGGUCCAGCGCUUGGUAGUAAGGGUGUGAAGAGUAUGGAUUUCUGCAAAGAAUUCAACGCCCGCACCGCGCACAUCAUUGCCGGGACACCGACGCCCGUCCGCGUUACCGUCCGUCCAGACCGCAGUUUCCACUUCGAGGUCCGCACGCCUGCGACGUCGUACCUGUUACUGAGUGCCGCGCAGGUGGAGCCGGUUAAGGGGCGGCUGAAGGGCAGGAAUGCGAAUGAGACUGUGGGGGAGAUUAGCUUGAAGCAUGUUUAUGAGAUCGCGAAGAUUAAGCAGACGGAGUUGAGGCUGAGUGGGUUGAGUUUGGAGGGCAUUUGUAGGAGUGUUAUUGGGCAGGCGAAGAGUGUGGGGGUUGUUGUUAAACCGUAG